AUGAUCGGCAACAUUCUAUUAUACGGCGUUCUCGCCCUCUCAAAUCUUCUGCCUGUGCAGGCCAUUCCGAGAGAGUACACACCAACAACUACCUUCUCCGCUGCUGAGACUGUGACUCCAACUGUGGUGCCUCAGAGAAAUGUGACUUCUCAUGGCCCUUAUACGGGACCUCCAGCAACAACCGCCGGGGCUCUCUCAACUUCGGUCAUAGCCUCUGUGAUACAGGCUCGGCCUCCUGUUCCAGGGUCAUUCAAUUAUACCGCUGAUGGCAAGCUUCAUGGCCCCCAGCCCGCGCCGUUUACUCCAAACGGCGGCAUUGGAACCAAUGGUUCUGCUCCCGUGUACCGAGUCCAGAGUGAUUUCGACUACCAGUCACUAGCUUUGGCUCUCUAUCAGGAAUGGAUAGAAUUGGACUUAUUUCACUGGGGUUUGAAGAAUUUCACUACCAAACAGUUUGAGGCCAACGGGAUCAACGCCAAAGACAGGUUCCUCAUUGAGUACAUGGCCGACCAAGAGAUUGGACAUGCCACCCUCCUCACCAACAUGCUUGGCCCUCAGGCGCCUAAGCAGUGUACUUAUAACUACCCGAUGUCAAAUGUCCGGGAAUUCAUCGACUUUAACCAAAAACUUACACGGUGGGGAGAGGCGGGCGUCUACGGCUUUCUGCCACACUUGAAUUCUGGGCCGGCUGCGCAGUUACUGCUCCAGAGCAUCACGAUAGAGGCUCGCCAGCAGCUCAUCUUCCGCCAGUUUGGCGGGCAGUUUCCCAUGCCGGAAUGGCAUACGGUGGGAAUACCCCAGAGUUGGGCAUGGACUCUACUGGCACCGUACAUCUCAAGCUGCCCGAUUAAUCAGACACGGCUGGUGUGGCAAAACUUUCCCGCGCUGUAUAUCCUCAAUCAGCCCAAUCCGGCUCGCAUUAAUGCCUCCGCCGCCUUCAACGAGACUACUGGCGGUUGGGCCAACACUCUGUCUACCAAGAAUAUCUCCAGCUCUCAGCUCUGCUUCAAUGCGACCAACAAGACGCUAGACUGCUCGCCAGCCAUCACUCAGAACCGAAGCAUUCCCCUUUCUUAUCCGGGUCGCCAGGUUUUCUUGCACUGGGAUAAUCCAGGGCGUCUAGUUGGACCAAACAACAGUUAUGUAACUUCUACCACGGUCAGACGGCCAAGGUUUGCGGCCUGGGUAUCGCAGCUGAACGUCACAUACUCGCCGCUGCUCAACGUGAGUCGGCGAGAUAAUACGGCGUUUACGUUCCAGCCCAAUGUGUCGACGUGGGAUCAUGAUCCGGCCAUCAAUGGGACAAUGUUCCUCGCUCUCACGGAUACAAACCUUCAUGUCACGCCAUAUAAUUUGAGUCUUAUCAACCCUCACGUCGCAGCUCUUGCGGUGUAUCAGGCCGGUUAA